AUGGCACACCAGCUCAGCGGCCCCAGGCCCUGGGUGCAGAGCCUACCCCCCCCCCGUGAGCGCCGCGCCACGCCUGGGCUGGGGGGCUCCUGCCGCGCCGCGCCGCGCCGCCUGACCCCCGCUCUCCCCUUGCAGAUCCCGGAUGCCGUCACGGGCUAUUACCUCCACCGAGGCGGCUUCGAGGCAUCCGACCCGCGCAUGAAGCGACCCCCCCGUCGGCCGGCGCAGAAGUUCAUCUCGGACAUCGCCAACGACGCCCUGCAGCACUGCAAGAUGAAGGGCACGGCCUCGGGCAGCUCCCGCAACAAGAGCAAGGACAAGAAGUACACGCUGACCAUGGAGGACCUGACGCCGGCGCUCGCCGAGUACGGCAUCAACGUGAAGAAGCCGCACUACUUCACCUAGCGCCCGCGCACGCCGCGGGCCUGCCGCAGCCGGGCCCGGGCAGAGGGGCAGGACCCCGUCUGUCAUUAAACCGUGGACUUCGGGGUACUGG